AUGUCCAAAGACGCCGAACGGAUGAGCGAGAAGAUAAUGGAGUCGAAGGUAUUAUGGUACCCAGACUCAAAGAAGAACACACAGAUGGACAGAUUCAGGACACAGGUGAACCGAGACUUUGGUCUUAAUCUGGGUGAGUGAUCCGUGAGGGAACAGCUUUUCAGACGGGGACAGUCAUGCUAGUCUCCUCUAAUUUAACUUUAUACAUUCGUACCAAUCGAUUAUUUUGGCUAGAGAGAGUCAACACAAUGCAUAAUUAGCUAAUGUAGCUACGUGCAUAUGCAUAAUAUUGCUACAUGUUAGUCUAAGUACUGUAGUUGCUCGUCAAUGGAGCUGUCCUAGAGGGAAAUCGAUUUGAACCAUUUCCUUGUUUGACCGCUAAGUUUGAUGGGUAUUAUGAGUCAUACUGUGGUACUCUAUGGUUAUUGAACCAAGCAUGCCAUGACAAUGGUAUAUUCUGAAUCAGGGGAGGAUGGCGAACAAUCAACACCUUCAUUUGUGUGAAUUUUAGGCUUUUUAGAAGAUUGAAAUCUGAAUAAAUUGUACCAUUUUGUUUUGCUUGGUUCAAUAGCUAACAAACUUUACCUAGGUGCAAAACCAAACCAAACCAUAUACAAAGUUGGGUAAACAAUACUUUCCUGUGCAUAUUUUGUAAAAAAUAAUUCCAGCAGCUGAAGGACAAACCUCAUGAUUGUGGUUUCUCUGAUCUCAUUCCCCUUGCAGCCAACUACAAUGACCUGUACCAGUGGUCUGUGGAGAGCUACCCUGAGUUCUGGGCUGAGGUGUGGCGUUUCUGUGGGGUAGUAAGCUCCAGGAUGUAUGGGGAGGUGUGUCUACCCACCUUUUCCCGGUGUCUAUGUACAUAACAUUGCAUAAGUGAAUAGGGGCAUCCCAAGUGGCACCCUAAUCCCUAUAUAGUGCACUUCUUUUGACCAGGGGUCCAUAGGGCUCUGACAGCUGUUUGGGACACAACAUAUUGCCUUUUAUUGUGUUCUUUCAUCCAUCUAGUGAAGGAACACCUUCUACAAUGUGAUCUCUCGCAAUUUGUGAUUUCAAAGUGUUACAAAAUACAUAGAUGAAAAUACAAUGCUAUAGGCCUACUAAUGCUAUAUAGGCCUACUAAUGCUAUAGGCCUACUAAUGCUAUAGGCCUACUAAUGCUAUAUAGGCCUACUAAGUUAUGAUUGGUAGAGUUUAGAAAGUUAUUUGUGUAGCUAAUCUAUUGGCCCCUCAUCAAUCAGUUACUGCAGAGCAGUAUUACAUUGUAGUCGUUAUUCCCUUACCCCGGGUUUGAAUCAUGUAGAACACGAGUCCUUUCCUCCCUCUUCCUCAGGUGGUGGAUAUCUCCAAGAGGAUAUCGGACAUCCCAGAGUGGUUCAAAGGAAGCCGCAUGAACUAUGCCGAAAACCUGCUAAAGCACAAAGACCAGGACAAGGUGGCUCUCUAUGCAGCU